UUGAUAAUUUGAAGUUUUAAGCGGGUACUAGUUCUAGUGUUUAACUAGAUGUUAGAUAUCAAUUGUUCCUCAUUGGGGGUGAACUGAUUACAGUCGCGUAAACGAAUUAACACCGCUUGAAACCGUUUUCAAGCUAAACAAAGUUGCGUCAUGGUAUCUAUGAAAAAUUUUCCGAAUCCUGCACCUGCUGGCCAUGUGACAGUUUGUGAGGUCGAUGGAAAAUUACAAACUAUGACAAUUGAAAAUGCAAAUUUUUCGAUAUUUAGCAACACCGUUGCAUCAUAUCCAACAAUAGUAGUGAACAGGGACUUGCUCCGCCCUUCUGUAACUUCUCAUGAAGAUAUAAAUGCUGUCUUUCUGCCUGUUCGUGAAGGUUUAGUGAAGAGAAUAUUAAAUGUGUGGUAUGAACAUGGACUAUUGGAGGCAUUAAAUUUGAUGGCAGACCAAAAUGAUCCAAACAUACACCCCACGGUUCGGUAUGCAGCAUCAAGUAUGCUGAAACUUUCUGAUAUUAUAAUUCGCCUCAGAAAUCGUUUUCACCCACGGCUGACUGAGAGUGGAACAAAUCUAAUUGCUGCUGUUUCUCAGACAAGAGACUGGAGUCGCAGUCCAGUCAGGUGUCUUGCAUGGCACCCACACUGCACAAAACUAGCGGUUGCAGUUCGUGAUGAUUCAGUACAUAUUUACACUGCAGGUUCAAAGCAUAAGCCUUUCCUCAAAUAUAAGAAUCAAAAGAAUAUUUCAUCUCUGGCAUGGAGACCCUUAUCUGCAUCGGAACUUGCUGUCGGAUGUGAAGCUGGUGUUUAUGUCUGGCACAUAGACCCUAAUUCUGUUGUUACAAGGUUAUCUGCAAAUUGUGCUACCUUUCUAGAAAGACCAAACCAUUCGCCUAUUACUAGUGUUGCCUGGAGCCCACAGGGAGACAUUUUGGUGACUGCUUCUGCUGCAGAUACUGUGAUGUAUGCUUGGGAUCUUGCUAUGGAAUCAUACUCAGCCAUAAGGAAAACACACGGUGGUGGUGUGAGCUUUAUAGCAUGGUCUCCUGAAAAGGUCUUUUCAGCAACCACUGGUGUCGUUUUCAGAGUAUGGGAAACCAACACAUGGACAUCUGAGCAGUGGACUCUGCCAUUUGGACAUGUUAAAACAGCUUGCUGGAGUCCUUGUGGAUCUGUUUUGUUGUUUGCAACAUCUCAUGAGACUGUCAUAUAUUCUUUAUCAUUCACAAGAGCUGUGACAGUCUUCUUGGCUGAUGCAGAGAAAGCUAGUAGAACAGCCAUACCUGUUGCUGAUGUUACACCUAGUGAGACAGACACUACUGGUGAUAGGAUUGGAGGACUACCAGUGUCAAUUGUGUGGGAUGGUCAUGGCCAAUAUGUAGCAGUACUAUUCAAGGAAAGCAGGCACAUUGCUGUCUUCAAAAGUAAACUGAAACCAGUUUUUCAGCUGACACCAUGUUGCUUCAUCAGUGGAAUUUCUGAUGAAAUGCCAAAUGCUAUAUGUUUCCAAAACAACUAUGAGGAAGGUGCUUUACUGACAAUUGCAUGGUCAACAGGACGAAUUCAAUACUUCCCAUUUAUCAACUCAAGUGCAGGAACCAAGGAUGCAAUGAAUGUAACACAUUUUUCAGGACAUCUUGAUUCUACAUCGUUCCAUACUCCAACAAUUCACAACCUUUCAACAUUCCGUAAUGCUUCAUUUGCCUCUUUUUGAUUGAGAUUUUAAAUCAGUUAAUAAACUGGGAAGUUAUUUAUUUACACCUUUGUUGGAGGUGGUGCGCAGUGAAAUUUGUUGACCAAUGCAAGUUUUCCAAAACCUGUGCUUGGACAAUUUGGCAUAGAUAUGUAAUUGUUUUACUUGUACUUCUACACCACUCUUGCACAUUAUUUCAGUUUUGUACAUUACUGCUUAAUUUCUUGUAACAGAGAGAGCCAGUUUAUCAAGCCAGUAUUGGAGAAUUGACUUCUUUCAGAUAACAGAAAGUCUGAAAAAUUGUACAGAAUUCAUAUUUUAAUUUGUGGGUAUCUCAAGUUACUUUGAUAUACCAUUCAUAAAUAAAAGAAAUAUUACAAAUGGAACAGAAAGAAUCCCCACUCAUCCAAAGUAUUUCACUGUAAUGAAAAAUUCUCAGAGUGUGGAAAUAAAUUUUAUUAAAUUACAGGUUGGAAGAGCUUGGGACACUAGAGGAUUACUAGUGAGAGAUCAUAGCUCACUGUGUUUGCUUUGUGACCACGUUGGAAAAAGAAAUAGAUUGCUAUUAAAGUAGGUUUCAGAGGAUAGUGAAUUUCUUAAAGGUAAUUGAAAAAAACUUGAGUUUUACUGUUGAAAGAAAUAUUAGGCCAACAUAAAUGAUUUUUGUACCUACUUAAGCAUGAACAUUGUAUAAAUCUACAAAAUUAAUAAUCCUUUCUUGGAUUACAACCAUUAACUAAUGAUUGUAUUUGAACAAUUUAAGGAGUAUAAAAUUUUACCAUAAUUUGUAAAGAAAUGUAAUACUGUUGGCAGUUGUGCUACAUUUAUAGUAGAGUUGUAUUACAAUCCAAAUGAUGACUUUUUAAAAAUGUUUAUUCACCAGACAAUGUACUUUGGUUACUUUAUACACAGUUACUUUGGUUGGCUCUGUAUUCAUCCUGUAAUGUAGAGCAGGGUUAUUUGGUCAGUUGACUAAACAAUUUUAAAAACAGCAAAAUCAGAGUAGACUUCAGUCACAACUAUUUUGUGCUUCAUGAAAAUGAAUUUCCAUGUAGAACUUUUUUUCCAUAUGAAGCACAAAGAAACAAUAUUGUGACAUCUAUUCACUACUGAUGUGAAAGAAAAAUUGGUUUCUGGUUAAGCUAUGCUCAUGCAAAAGUCUUUGCAAACUUCCUCUUUCAUGUAAAAUAUCAAUUGUGAAAUGCCAAAUUGAAUGUAACUUUUAUCAGAUGUUCUUAAAGGAAACAAUCAAGUUCAGUGUCAUUUUGUAUCACGAGAGAAGACCAAUAUUUUGUUGUAAAUAUAUUCUU